AUGGUUACGAUGUCCGGACCGGAAGAUCCGGACCGCAAAGUGGUCUUGGAGUUUUGUCACCUGCUGGAGAAGUCUAAGCAACUGUUUAAUGGACUCAGAGAUCUUCCUCAGUAUGGUCACAGACAAUGGCAGGCCUACUUCGGACGAACAUUCGAUGUCUACACAAGAUUAUGGAAAUUUCAACAGCAACAUCGACCGAUUCUGGAUCGGAAGUACGGACUCAAGAGGUGGCAAAUUGGAGAGAUAGCCAGCAAGAUUGGACAACUAUAUUAUCACUACUAUUUAAGAACUAGUGAAACAAGUUACCUAAACGAAGCCUAUUCGUUCUAUGCAGCAAUAAGGGGGCGCGCCUAUUAUUCAAGGGCUCUCAAAGAAGAUAGGUCUGAUUUAAUGGUGAAGAAAUUAAGAUAUUAUGCAAGAUUCAUCAUGGUCUGUCUGUUGCUAAAGAAAAUGAAACUGGCGAGGGAACUCGUUCAGGAAUUAGACAGACAUAUAGGUGACUACAGUGCAGCCUACGCAGCUGAAGAUAGGCACGAGUGGAUGUUAGUACUGGACGAAGCAAAAUGUUUCCUGAAGGCCGAAGGCUUACUUCAGGUUGUUCAUCCUGAUACGGGGCCCGUGAUCCUAUCCCACAGAUUGGGUCCCUUAACGGCGCCUCCGCCUUUACCACAUACAGAGCGCCCUUUAAUGAACCUGACGUUACAAGAGGCGCUUCUAGUCGGAAAUAGAUGUGACCAGGUUAAAUUUUCUGAAAUAACUGCCGACAUGUACAGAAUGCUGCAAACCUUAGAGCGCGAGCCUGGAGGUUAUGCAGAAAAUGGUCACCAUUAUUCCUCGCGUUCCCGGAGGCACCAUCAUUCAGGAGGUCCCCCGUCGUACCGUUCGACGUCCCUCAUAGGCGAAAACCCACAUAAGUACUUACUCUACGCUCCGACUUUGGCACAACUACUUCUAUUCUUAGCAGCAGGCAGCAGAGAAUUGCCCCAAGGGGGCGCGCUUUUGCUAUACCUCUCCGCAGACGCCUGCUUUGGAGCAUCUAGUGGAACCAAUGGAAGAAAGGUUCAGUCCAACACGGACGAGAUUGGUUAUGAAUCUGGUGGCGUGGUGACUUCUACAAAACGUGAUACGUCCCCGCCGUCGCACCAUCAUCGAGCGCCCCCACACUGCCAUACCGAUGACGCCAUGGGGCACGGUAAAGACCCGCACUGCCUUUAUCCAGGGGACCUCUACCCUUUCACGAGGAGACCCAUGUUCCUGGUCGUCGAUUCGGACAAUUCGUUCGCGUUUCAGAACAUACCGAGAUACUUCGGCCAACCACUAGUAGCAUUAUUAUCACCUCAAGACAUUCCUCCUGCAUUUCAAGAUUUACAACGUGACGGAUCCCUCUUCACCCUGUUUCUCCAUUCGCCGCUGCUCGCACUGUGUCGCUGCUGUCACAUAGUAGACUUGAGUGCUCACACAUGGGACAGAUGUCGCUCUCAGUACGACAGGUUUGCGUCUGAGGUGACGAGACUGAUCACGAGGUCCCACAUGAAAAAAGCUUAUCUGCACUUCUUCGGAGAUGAAUAUCUAAGGACUCUGAUUUUAAGAUUUGUUUUCUGCGACAACGUCUUGAGGCUCCAUCGAGGAUUCAGGAGUCGAAGAUUUCGGCCAAAGUGUAGUCCCCCUCUGCCAAUCCCAGAUCUGCUGGAGCACCCAGCGCUGGGUCAAAUAGUAUUGCAGCUAGCCCAACAAUUGGAUGCUAGGAGUCAUUUCUCGGAAGACGAUUCCGGGGCGGCUACUGGAGCCUCUUUAUCGACACCACCUACUGGCGUCCAAACUGGCGCCACUGGUGGAGUCUCAUCUUGGGAAAGAGACACUGGUAGGAGGCAACAUGUUGCCAGAAGUGAAAUGAUGCAACAGGAAUGA